AUGUAUGCCGAGCGCUUCAACUUCCCUCACUUACCGCGAGAAGGCCAGCAAUCCGUCCUCCGUCACCUCGACUUCCUCUUCAAAGUACAUCUACGAUACGUCAGCAAGAUAUUCUUCAAAUGGCCCGCGUGUGCUUUUUAUUUUCGAGGCCGGCUGACCCGCAUCACGCUUGAGAUCAGCUUAAAUAGGCGUUACAUACGAGCCGGCACUUUUAUCCACUUCAAGCGAAGGAUCAUCAAUGGAAACUGGGUUGACCAAGUAUCGUUCGUACUGAUGCACGAUGAGGACGAUCAAGUUCGCGGUGAUUUCUUCCUCUGGGCUCCCCAUCGGUGCUGGGAUCGGUACGGAUGGACUGAAUGUCGAAAGGGCUGUAAAUAUGGCGACGACUGCUCUUUUUGUACACACUUUCAAUUGUGCCCCUGCUGUGGAAGUCUCGCCACGCAUCGUUCUUAUCCACAAAUGAAAAUCGAGGACGUGGACAGUGCGAGACAACGACGGUUAUUGCAAAAAUUCAACGAUAUCCUGCCGUGUGCGCCGGUGCGGCUUCCGCCGUAUACGGUGUAUGGCUCCCCAAUGAAGUGGCCCCUUACGCAGCAAGAUUUACUGCCUUCGCUUCGACGCGACUACUUUUUCAUCAGCAAACAACUUAAUGAUUAUACCGAACGCGCCCACGGACGUCUAUUGGAACAAUUAGCGCCGAUUUAUCACUUUGGGCCCUCUAAGGUAUGGUAUCGGCUGGAUUUGCUCGACGACGAUAGCUCAUCGGCAGUUCACAGACAUCUGAUGGAAGUCCUAAAGGAGAUGGUGGGCUGUGAGUACUUAGCGAUCGGCCAGGUGGGAGACGACCCAAAGAGAUGGCCCGAUGCCCUGAAGACGGUUCGGAACCUUAUCACCGAAUGUAUUGUCUCGCAUCCACCAAUUGACGAGCGCCGUCGCAUCGCGUUAUUCUACGUCGAAAUGGAGUCGAAAUCUGUCCUUGACCACCGACCUAAGCAUCAACUACAAAAAAUGCUGGUCGAGUUGUGCGAGGAAUUGAAGGCAAGGCCGGCUGAAUCGCGGGAUUGCCAAAUUUUUUGUAUUGAGGGUCGAAAAAUCGAUCUAGUCUGGACAAAUAAAAUCAUACUUGGAGUCUACGUGUUUCUGGUCCAGAAUUGGGGAUCGAAUGCUGGGCACGCGGUGGCCGCAUACCGACAGCUGAUCGCAAAUUUCCAUAAAGGAGACUACUGGGACCCGAUGAGUGAUCCGCAAGUCAAAAACCGGCCACUAAAUUGGCGUGACCGUCUCGGUGUCGUCGAGGCGGGCAGCUGGUGGCUCGGACUCGAGACGCUUUGCUUUCUUGUUUUCAACUACGGCAGCCAAAUGGCCACCCUCCUCGCAAAACUCCAAGAAACGGCCGGCCGACGGGUUUUUCUACCAUUUAUCGUCCGAUUUUUGAACGGCAUUGUCGGCCAAUCCGAGGAGGCAUUAACGCUGCAAAUCCCGUCAUUAAGAUUCGAGCGUACUUUCGGGAACAAGGUGCAGAACAAUAAUGAAUCUGACCCGGUAACCCUUCGAAUCCAUCGGCUGUUCUUCUUCUGCUGGCUGAUGAUGCUGGACCCGAAGCUCGGCCUUGGCGAGGCGUUCAUGUAUGGAUGCUGGGAAGCCGACCCGGGCACCACCCAACUUCUCAAGCUUCUCAUCCGCGCCAAGCAGCAAACCGCACGCCUGCGAGGGCCAAGAAAACCAAAAUCUACCUCCUCGAAGAUCCUAGCCUCCCUUUCCGAAGUCCUCCUCAGUGUUCUUCAACGUGGCUGGGCCCUGUUCAACUACUGCCAACACCAGAUACGCUCGAAUACGCUGUUGCAGAGCGCCAAGAAUAUCCGAGCCCACUACGAUCUCGGCAACGACAUGUUCGAACUGUUCCUCGACCCUUCAAUGACGUAUUCUUGCGGCGUGUUUGAGAAAGCCGGCAUCCCUAUCGAGGAGUACGACGUCGGGUUGCUGGAGGAGUCGCAGCGUCGAAAGAUCGACAAACUCGUCGACCGGCUCGAACUCUCUGAAGAUGACCACGUGCUGGAGAUUGGGUGUGGUUGGGGCGCCUUCGCGAUUCAGGCCGUAAAGAGACACGGCUGCCGCUGGACCGGGCUGACCAUAUCGCACGAGCAGCUGGCAAUGGCCAAGCAACGGGUAGAAGAGGCUGGGCUAUCACAUCUUAUUGAUCUCAAAUAUCUUGACUAUAGACUCGAAACUGGCACCUACUCUCGGCUGGUCUCCAUCGAAAUGAUCGAGGCAGUCGGCGAGCAGUACAUGGCCGAAUAUUUCCAGGUCCUCCAUGAUCGGUUGGCCCCCGGAGGGAAGGCCGUUCUCCAGGCGAUCACCUGUCCGGAUGCGUACUACGAACGCUAUUGCCGGUCGUCGGAUUUCAUCCGGAAACACAUUUUCCCCGGCGGCCAUCUCCCCUCGCUUAGCCACAUCGACCGGUGUCUGGGCGGUCGGCUGUCCAUGGAUGGGGACAUCUCAGAAAUUGGGGAACACUACGCGACAACACUCGAUUUGUGGCUAUGCGCAUGGCGAGACAGACGAGCCGAAAUUCUGGCCCUCGGCUAUUCCCGUACUUUCCACCGAAAGUGGGAGUUCUACUUUGCGCUCUGCUCGGCCCUGUUCGCCCACCGGCACAUCAGCACCGUACAGUUCAGCUUGCGACGGGCA